GUCAUCGCCAGCCCGCGAGAUGACCUGCAGAAGACACAUCCAAGAUGAACUGGACAGGAGGUCGUCUCCGACGUCAUUCUGCCAUUCACGCCAAAAGCAGGAAGCAGAGGUUCAAGAAGCAGAGAGCUAACAACGGGGUGGCACUGAACUCUGACCGACCGGCGCAUCAGUCUGGUCAAUCGCCGGCGCAGCGCAGCAGAGAAGCCUCUCCAGCCCCUCCCUCCGAGAAUCAUCAUAGUCCCUCCAGAGAGAAGGACGACUCACAUCCACGCCAGCGUCUGGACCGCAUUAGGCGCGAGCUCCUGAAAAAGCCCGAUUGGGCCGCCGUUGCCGCAGCACGACCACUCCAGAUCGCAUUCCCCACUCCAGAUUCGCUGGCAAGAUUUGGAAAGCGGAGGAAGAUCACUGAUAGCGACCGGAAUAGACUGGGCACGUCAGGCUCGUGCUCACACCCGGUUGUACGGCAUAGGAGGGGGGAAGGAUCUCUUGACGAGAUCGGGGCCGUCUCACAAAUGAGCCUGAAGAUCAACGGCAAGCGGGUGGUGAGGAGAGGUACGAGCUUGGUGCGUGAUCAACCAAUCAAUCUCUCUUCUCAGUCGAUGCUUCUGGACGGUGACGGGUCGAUGUCUGCCAAUCAGCGCUGGCUGGGAAACUCAAGCCGGAGCUUCAAUGGUAGUGAUGUCUUCCAGGACAGCUCCCUUUUGCUGGACAGUAGCAAGCCGUCGGUGGCUCUGCAUCCAACAUCAUCCGUUCUCGAGUAUGAAUAUUAUCCAGAAGAUGCAACAAGGGUUAUAUCGAAGACUGAGCGUGAGUAUGAGCUGCCGCAGGUGGAGGAUCCACAACAAUGCUCGAGUCGAUCAACGAGUUCGAGUCUGGAGUUGCCGGUUGCACGGCGGUUCACAAUUGACGAACAGGUUGACGCUGAGAGGGACGGCAGAUUGAUUCUACCUCUAUCUAAACCACUUGCAAACACGUCUUGGGGACUAUACGAUCAGGGCGAACCGAGCACCAGAGGAUGUUCAUCACUGGGGGUGGAGCCAGAUAGCCAUCGGAGGAUUGACAGGCGGUCACCCAGUAUCCCGACUCUGGAUGAACUUUUCUGGCGUGCAGAGCGUUCACCUCAGCGACAUGAAAGCCAGGACUAUAAGGCCGCUUCAAGGACAAGCAGAUUUCUCCAAGCAGAGCGCGCUCCGUCUUCCAGAGAGGGGCAGGGUCCAUCCAUGAAGCUGUUCGGACAGUCCGUGGACCUCGACCAUGAUCACGACCUGUCGACACAAGCGCUGCCAUGGGGCCGACUGACUCCAGCUGCAGCGUCGCCUUCCUACAAUUUAACCCGGAGUAUCCCGCGAAAGAGACCCCAAGCCGCAGAACCCACGGCUCUGACGAGCCAUUUCAAAUUCACUAAUCCCCGACUGGGAUCCAGGCCUCUUGCAGGCUGGCGACAAUCUACCCUGCCGAGAGCGUUGCCUGCAUCUACUUGUCCUGGCGAUCAUGAUAUGAGAUGUCUAUGA